AAAAACGGUGUAAUGAAUGAAUGACUGAAUUAAUUAGCUAUCUUAGCUAACUGGCUCUAGUGACCGUAUGGCGCUGAAUUAACCCCAUAUCGAAAGUGAAAAAUGUUUGCAUGACUAGUUUUAAUAAGAGAGGCUGGCUUGCAAGGCUAUUCAGUUCAUUUAAAUCUAGACUUCCGCCUGAAUUCACUUAGCUAACGUUUGCUUAGCUAAAGGUAGCCAGUUAAGUAGUCUACUGCUGGCAAAGCUAACCGUUUGCCAACAAAGCGCUGAACUACGUCUGGUUGUGUCUGACGUUAAUUCAAAAGAAAAACUAUCGUUUGUCUUGCGGCUUUUAUUUCAAUGGGUCGUUCUCGAAAUGUCAGAAAGUCAAACGAUACAGGAUGCAAAGUCGAUGCUGUUUUUUCCAGAAAACGAAAACGCCGCUUGGCCACACCUGUCCAGAAAAGUACUGCGAGUGUCUAUAAGAACUUUGCAGGAAGAACAAGGACAAUUGAUGUUGCUAAUAAUACAAAAAAACGAAAAGUUCGUACACCGAUGUGCGUAUCCGAGCGCCGAGGGAGCGUACGUCUCUCCCCUAUACACGAGUCCCCGUACCAACAUCACAAUGAAUCUGUCGUGUCAACCGAGAAACAAAGGGAACCGCCUCCCCCGUUGCAUUGGAAAGACAUUGCAAGCUGCAGCGAUGCAAGUUGCUCGACGAAUCGAGACGGUACAUCUGACAUGAUUAUGCCAUCCGGGGUUUCUUCCUUUCUGCUCGACUGCAUGGACUCGAGCUCGCCUGCCUCACCGGCCUGUCAGAGCUCCACCGACACCAGCUUACCGUCGCCCGAGGUUUUCCGCAGAGCAGAUGACGAGGAGGCCCUGGAGUUUUCUGCGGAGGAGCUGUUCGCGCUGCGGGUGAAGAACUCGACUCUUCUGGAUGUCAGCCAUGCUGUGGACAUUGACAUGAGGCAGCCGCCUAAUCUCUCAUCCAUACUGGAGAUCACGUUGGAUGGGACGGCUGUGGAAAAAGGAUCACCUCAGACGCGCGUGAAUAUGGUGCGAGCACCAUUCAAACAACCUAGAAAGAUCACAAGGGCCAGGCCCUUGAAAUGCAGAAAAAAGGUCACUUUCCACGAGUCUGUACUCAGACAGGAACUGCAGAAGGAGGAGGAUAGAACUGAAUCGUAUGGGCUCAAAGUGGCCAAACAGGAAGUGAGCGGCAGUGCAGGUGCGGAAAAGGGGCUCGGCGUUCUGGAGAUGAGCUCUGACCUUCAGCUCAUCUCCAUGGAAGACGAAGACGAGCGGUCCGGCUCCAUGACGCAGGAUUCUGAGGAUGAUGAUGAUGAUGGGGAGAGAUCCAGCUCCAUGACUCAGGAGUCUGAGGAUGAUGAUGAUGGGGAGAGAUCCAGCUUCAUGACGCAGGAGUCUGAGGAUGACGAUGAUGGGGAGAGAUCCAGCUCCAUGACUCAGGAGUCUGAUGAUGAUGAUGAUGAUGAUGAUGGGGAGAGAUCCAGCUCCAUGACGCAGGAGUCUGAGGAUGACGAUGAUGGGGAGAGAUCCAGCUCCAUGACUCAGGAGUCUGAGGAUGAUGACGAUGAUGGGGAGAGAUCCAGCUCCAUGACUCAGGAGUCUGAGGAUGACGAUGACGGGGAGAACUCCCGCCGUGGGGAGGAUGCACGGACGCUGUCGUGUGACGUGUGCACAGGGCUGGCGCGGUUCUUUGACUUCGCAGACCGCAAGGAAAAGGAAGCUUUUCUGCAAAGAAAGAGAGGGAAACCCCCAGCUGCGUUUCCCUCUAAGCCUCCCAUUACCAGCAGGCGCCCAGUGCCUGAUCAGCUGGGACCAGUUUAUCUGAAGUUCAAGAACUCUGAGGUACACGAUCCCAAUGAACUGCACGAGGCCUGCUGGAUUCAGUUGGUCCAGGAGGGGGAGAACUUCUUCCGCAAUUCACAUCUUAAAAAAGUGGCUUCUGAGGAGGGUGUCUUCUAUGAAGACUAUGGCAAGGUCAGACAGUUCCAUGGGCAGGUCUUUUUCCCAUUAUUAAAGGAUGCAAGCCCAGAGUAUUAAGAGGUUACUUUAAACAUUUUAAUAAUGUGUACUAUGCAUUUGAUGUUCAAAUGAAAUGUAAAAUAAAUUUGAUUAAAACUGUAUUAUAAUUAUAACUGUUGAAAAUAAAUGGUGUAUGCGUAUUGCCACAUGGUC